UUGUUGGGAAGUCUUCUUUUGUCUCCUUAAUCUCCUGCUGCCAACAUACACUCACAGAGAUCAUAGCCUCCUUGCACAUUGGUAUGGUAAGAGAAUAAGAAAUCAUGGCAUUUUCAGGAACAACCCAGAAGUGCAUGGCUUGUGACAAAACAGUUUAUCUGGUUGAAAAGUUGACUGCGGACAAACGAGUGUACCACAAAACUUGCUUCAGAUGCCACCACUGCAAAGGAACCCUCAAGCUUAGCAACUAUAAUUCCUUUGAGGGAGUUCUUUACUGCAAGCCACAUUUCAACCAACUGCUGAAAAGAACUGGUAGCCUUAACAAAAGCUUCGAAGGGACACCAAAAAUUGCUAAACCAGAGAAAACCAGUAAUAAUGAGGCAAUCAAAGUCUCAAGUAAGUUUGGUGGAACCAGAGAUAAAUGUGCUGCUUGUGAGAAAACAGUGUAUCCCAUUGAAAAGGUUUCUGUGAAUGGAACUUGUUAUCACAAGAGUUGUUUCAAAUGCACUCAUGGAGGAUGUGUUAUUAGUCCUUCCAACUACAUUGCACACGAGGCCAAACUCUACUGCAAGCACCACCAUAUCCAACUGAUCAAGGAGAAGGGCAAUUUAAGCCAGCUUGAAGGUGACCAUGAGAAGAGUGAUAAAAUCAAUGGUGAAGUAGUUGCUGCUGAGACAUGAAAUCCUUGAAUUUUGAUAAGAGAGACUAAGAAUGUUCCAUUUCCUUAAGUUCCAUAUUUCUGUACCAUGGUGUUCAUGGUAUCGCUCUUUGCUUUUGAUAAAUAUGGUCCUUUUCUCUUUUUUCCCCUGUUUUGGUUGUGUGGAUCUCUAUCAUUUGUUUUCUCCUUUGUUGUGAAGCAGUGGAUGCUAAAUUUUGUUCUUAAAACUCUCAUUGGAUUCCUAUUGAUA